CCACUGAGACGUCGCACGGUGCAGUUGAUACUCGUGUAAUUCGGCGCUCGGUGCAAAUUCCGAUUUAUUAUAUAUUCUUGUGAAAUCGCCCAAUCGAGUCCAUACCGUAUUAUUGCGAGAACGGAAGAGCAGUGCCAGCAAACUAGAAACGUGUCCCUAGAUUGGAUCGAUUUUCGAAACGAUUUUUGAUUUUUUUUUUUUUUUUGCUCAUUCGUUCCUCGAACAAUACCUCGUGCAAAAUGAUGCACACUAUGAGCGAACACACCGGUGGCACUGGAGGAUUGGGCGUCAGCGUGCUCCCAUUCGAUGGGAUGGGAUUGUUCGAGCAACAACGGCCCAGAUUUCUCUUCAAGAUGCCUAAGGUGGUACCCAAUCAGAAAGCCAAGUUCGAGACUGAGGAGUUAUUUAGGAGGUUGAGUCGCGAGAGCGAGGUCAGAUACACCGGCUACCGAGAUAGACCAGUCGAGGAACGCCAAGUGCGCUUUCAAAAUGGUUGCCGGGAAGGUUAUACGGAGAUCGCGUUCGCCGCGACGGGCACCAAUCUCCAGCUAGUUUUCGGCAACGCGUCCGGAAAUUACGGCGGCGACAUAAACGAUUGCGAUUUUGAGAAGGAGCGCGGCAAGGUACACCUGAGAUCCCGGCUGAUCAUGAACGGCGUGUGCGUGAUGUGGCGCGGAUGGAUCGAUCUCGAGAGGUUGGACGGCGUCGGUUGUCUCGAGUAUGACGAGAAACGCGCCGCCGAAGAGGACGCCCUACUCCGGGACCAGCUCGAGCGUUACAACCAACGCGUGCGCGAUUUCGACGAGAAGCAACGGGCUUACAGGAGCUCGGCCGCACAGCCGCCACACUUGAACCACCAUCACCACCACCAUCAUCACCACGGUCAUCACGGCCACCACGUGACGGGGGCAGCGGAUCCAGAGAUGGAGGUGAGGCUGAGGGCUUACUGA